UAGGAGUCCAUCUAGAUUUCUUGUGCCUUUACUUUUAUUUUUUUAACUUAUUAUAAACAUGGAUCUCUCUUGGUGUAUUAUUUGCGAUCGUCAUUGUGUUGAAGACAACUUGUAUUGCUCUGAAUUAUGCCGUGUUCAAGAUGCUAACCACAAUCACUCUACCAUUACCAAACAAACCAAGACUGCUGUUACUCCACCAUCUUCGCCAUUAUUGGAUCCUUUCUUUUCAUCAUUCAAUCAUCAUGAUAGACGUACUUCAAUUACCAUCAGCAAGUCUUCUCGUGUGCAUUAUGAUAUGUUUGGCUCUAUCAGCAGCAGUCAAUCCAGUGUGCCGCGCUAUAGUCUUUCUGAUUAAGUUCAACAUCACUGUAUAUACCCUCCUCCCAAACUACUGAGACAACUUUUCAACAGCAUUUAUUAAUUAUACAUACAACAAUUUGCAUCGACGAUUUUUUAUUUUAUUUUAUUUUCUUUUUUAUAUCUUGACGUUGACUAUAAACAACCUUGAAAAGACUGUUCCU